AUGGACUUGACACAGACUAUCUAUUCCCAGGAGAAUGAUUUAGGCCGAAGCACUGGGCCCAUUUUUGCCUCUUCCAACAGAGACAGUCCUGCCGACAACCCACAGAGUGCAAAUACUGCGCAAUUUGACCCUCUUUCAUAUCCAGUUCUAUCUGAACUCUGCUCAAUCUGGUUCAAGAAAUACCAUCCCUGGUUUCCGAUUCUACAUCAGCCUUCUUUGACUGCAAGUUUACAAAACCUGGAAGGCUCCAAAACAUUAGGCCACUAUCUUGUCGUCAAGGCAAUCUGUGCCGUUACCCUCAUUCAUUAUGAAUCGCAUUUGGUGGGAUCUCAUGAGCGACAACACUGGUCUGGUACUUUACGAGAUAACGUCAGCUCACAAGCUCUCAAGUCCUGUUCUCUGCAAUCGGUCCAGGCUUUGUUAAUUCUCUCCAAUCUCGAAUAUGGAGAAGGUCGAUUCGAGCAGUUUUGGAAUUUAAUUGCCUUAUGCAAACGUAUGGCUUCCCAGCUGGGUUAUGGAAAGUUAGUGAAAAAGCAGGUGGACCACAUCCACUCGUCCACAUCGGUGCCCCCACGCCUACAUCCCUUGUCCACGACGAUUAUCGAUCGAGAAGAACGUAUUCGAGCACAUUGGAUGUCUGAGAUGCUGGACAGUAUGUCAACGGUGGGUGUGGAUUGGGAUAUUGGUGCUUCGCCUCCCAUGUCGAAUGGCAUAUUGCCCUGUAGUGACUCUCUUUGGGCAUUUCCUGAGCACAUCAUUAACAUUUGGUCUUUUGGCCAAUUUCGUUAUUCCUCUGCAUUUUCUCUGGGCAUAAUUCUCGCAACCAACGAACUAUGCCUGUGGCAGACUGAAGCUCAAAAAAUUGAUGAACGUCUAACAGCGUGGCGCGAAGAGUUUGUGGCGGCAGUCUACCGGUUGAUCAACGCAGAGUUUGCGGAGGAGGAGCGAGCAGAGAUGGAUCCCAAUAUUGUCUUGACAAAUUGUGUACUAGACGAAGCCGUCAUUCUACUGUUCCAACGAAUGUCGACAAUUCCGCGCGAGAUCGACCCAUCUGCAGAGCCGUGGCAAUAUGCAACAAAUCGAUGCAUAUAUGCCUGCGAUAACAUGGUCUUCAAAGUGCGACAAAUGACAGAUGAAGAACUCAGCGUCAGCAACCCGCAUUUGGUGCUUUGCUUUUUCACAGUCGCACGUUUUUAUAUUGUUUAUGCAAAGACGGUCAAUGCCGACGUCCCUAGCGGUGUUCGCUCAAUGGCCUAUGCACUUCUCUGCUCCGGAAAACGAUGGCCUCUAGCUCUCCGGUACGAGAGCAUAAUACGCACAGCGAUCUCGGAACAUAGAUCGCUGAUUUCAGCGUCAUCGCUCCCCUCUCGCUUCUAUGACCUUCGUUACUCCACACUAAACAUAAAAGAUGACCUGCGGAGCUGA